GCCAGGAGGCAGAGCCCAACUUUAAAGUUUUCGAGAAACAACUGAUGUGAAACUGCCUUUGCUUUCCUCCAAACUGCGCGAGCAGAGCAACUCUUACUGGAAGGGAAUGAACGGCACCAAAAGGCUUUUAUCUCCCCUCUCGCGUCGUCUUUUGAUCUCGGCGGGUGGUUUUUGGUAAACACCAAUUCCUCAGCACCUGCUGCCGACGGUUUUUCCUGUCUGCCAUCCCUCACCGACCCUCCAACCGACGCCCCCGUCCCGCUGCAGGCGGCCGCCGCUGCGGCACAAACAGCGGCGGCGCGGCCACAGCUGGUGUUUUUCCUGCCUGGAAGUGAAGCGGAGCACAACGGCGCCGCGAACGCACGCGACACAAGCAGGGAAAUCCUAGAGGAUCCAGUGUGUGUGUGUGUGUGUGUGUGGGUCCUGAGAGAUCAUGCUCCGCGCUCCCGCGGUGCUCGGCGUGAGGAAGAGGCCGAGGCCGGCGGAGGCCGGCGGCGCCGGGCGCCAGGAGGUGAAGUUUGGGGAUGUCAGGCUGUAUCUGGUGGAGAGGAAAAUGGGCCUCAGCAGGAGAAGCUUCCUGACCCGGCUGGCGAGGUCCAAGGGGUUCAUUGUGGACGAGGCCCUCAGUGACACGGUGACUCAUGUUGUGUCUGAGGACCGCGAGGCGUCGUCCCUGUGGACGUGGCUGAGGCAGCGCGCCCUGAAGGACCUGCCAGGAAUGCACGUGUUGGACAUCAGCUGGUUCACUGACAGCAUGAGAGAGGGAAGACCCGUCGCCGUGGAGACCAGACACCUCAUCCAGGACACUUUGCCCACGCCGCCCGGGUGCUCGACGCCUCCACCCGCGCCCGCGUCCAGCAUCUCUCAAUACGCCUGCCAGAGACGGACCACCACGGAAAACAGGAACAGGAUUUUCACAGAUGCCUUGGAAGUGCUGGCGGAGAGCUGCGAGUUCAAUGAGAUGGAGGGUCGCUGCCUGGCCUUCAGGAGGGCUGCGUCUGUCCUGAAGAGCCUGCCCGCGGCAGUGCAGCGUCUGGAGGCCACGCGGGGUCUGCCCUGCCUGGGGGAACACACCAGGGCUGUCAUAGAGGAGAUCCUUCAAUGUGGCCAUUCUUUUGAAGUCAGGAAAAUACUCUCUGAUGAAAGGUACCAGACACUUAAGCUGUUCACGAGUGUGUUUGGAGUUGGACCCAAGACGGCGGAGAAGUGGUACCGCAGAGGGCUGCGCUCAUUCAGCGACGUGCUGGCGGAGCCCGGCGUUCGGCUGAAUCGGAUGCAACAAAGCGGUUUUCUGCAUUAUGGAGACAUCUCCAGGGCUGUCAGCAAAGCGGAGGCCCGAGCCCUGGGGAACAUUAUUGACGAAGCUGUCCGUGCGAUCACACCGGACGCACAACUGGCACUGACAGGUGGCUUUCGCAGGGGAAAGGAGUUUGGGCAUGACGUGGACUUCAUUGUGACUACGCCGGAGCAGGGGAGGGAGGAGACCAUCCUACCGCAGAUUAUUCAGAGAAUGAAGAAACAGGGCAUUCUGCUCUACUCUGACUACCAGGCCUCCACCUUCGACGUGUCCAAGCUUCCCAGCCACAGGUUCGAAGCCAUGGACCACUUUGCAAAGUGCUUCCUGAUCUUGCGGCUGGAGGGAAAUCAAGUGGACGCAGGUCUGAACAACGCCGAGGGCGACAGCAGGAGCUGGAGGGCGGUGCGCGUGGACCUGGUGGCGCCGCCUAUGGAUCGCUAUGCCUUCGCACUCCUGGGCUGGACUGGCUCCAGGCAGUUUGAGAGGGACCUGAGGAGGUUUGCUCGGAUGGAGCGGCAGAUGCUUCUAGACAACCACGCCCUGUAUCACAAAACCAAGAAGGAGUUUCUGGCAGCGACGACGGAGAAGGACAUCUUCGCCCAUCUGGGUCUCGAGUACAUGGAGCCCUGGCAGAGGAACGCGUAGGCCUCCGGUCCUGAAUGACACCCCGCGCAUGCAUCACCGGGCGCCCCAUCUGCUCGCCGCCCUGCAGCUCCCUCCAGACUCACAUCCCAGCGUCUUUUGCUUUUCCGCGCGCUUUUGUGCCGCUGUGGACGCCGUUCUUGUCGCUUGAGCGUGAUUCAUAAUCUCCCCAUUGUCUGUUUAUUGUCUAUUAGCAAGAAAACGCGCUGCUCGCGCCCCGUCUGUAAUCACAGGCGGGACUAAAUAACAAAUCAGUCAGAGUAUGGAUCGGAUGAGGCCUGUGAGGAAGGAGGACAGAGGGAAGCAGUGGAAGGAGACCACAGAGGGAAGAGGAGGGUGGAGGAGACGAGAGGAAGAGAUGAGAAAGGCAAAGGGGGAAGGGAGCUUUUGUCAAGCAAAAUGUUGUAAUCACCCUCCUCCUGGCAGGAAAGUGCUCGGUGUGAAGCUGAGCCAGGUCUCCCGGGAAUCGAGGGGCGGGUAAUGAGCUUCAGAAAGAAAAGCGCUCGCUGUCGCCAUUUAGCAUCCAUUUAGGGAGAGGUCCACUGGAGAUGGUUCAGCCGGCAUUCCGCCACGCGUCUGCACUCGUCCCACAAUGAAGCCUCUUCCCGAGGUGCUCGGCGGAAAUUAGAGGCAAUCAGCUGGAGCGGGGAAAUCACGAAGGAUUCAGUCGCCGGGUAAACGAGUCCGCUAACGACGAGGACGCUGCUCGACGCUCCGAGCGCCUCCGCCUCCGGUGCAUGAAGCAGCCACUAUGUCGUUGCUCCGACGUCGGCUCGUGUUUUUACGCAAAGGCGGUUGUCGAUCGAGACGCGCGGCCUCGUCGUUGCAGCGUACAAUGGCUCUGCAGGACAACGAUCCGCUUAUGGGGAAAAUCUGCCGAGUGCUCGUGGGCCAUUUAGGCGGAAAGGCGGCUUGUUUUUCCCCAGCAUGAGGUCCCCUGCCCUGUGGUCCACACCCCCACCCCUCCCCAGCAGACAGCAGCUCCCGCGAUGCUUCGCCUCAGCAUCCCAGAGCGGAGACGGAGGAGCGCUAGACGUUCUAGUGAGUCACCCUAUUUAAGGAUCUUUAAGUAGAACAGUCUGGCACUUGGAGGACCCGACCCGAGCCUCCCCCGUCUCCUCCCCUCUCCUCCCUCCGCCUCCCGCCGUGCUCCACAAACAGACUGUACACAACGGGCCUUGUGAUGUUAAGCAGCUGUGGCACACUGAGCUCCAGAGAAAUCAAAUGUUUUAUAAAAAGAAAAUCAUGAUAAAAUUGGGAUGAAGUUUUUUUUUCCUCUAGCUGACCUCAAUACAUUUUCAUUUGUCCUGCUCUCUUUAGCCUAAUUGUUUCUCAAGUACAAAUGGGAACUCUUACUACUUCCACAUUAACAAAUAUUCGCUAGCGUGAAGGAAUUAAUAGCGAGUGGAAGAAUUUAAACAUUGUAAAAGAUCUGUUUGCCAAAGUCAAAGCACUUCUUUCCCCAGUGAUGGUGCUCAGUGUUAUCAGUGUUAAGGUGCUGGAUCAUCUCCACACUGCUAAUAUUGACGGUCUUGUCACUGAAACGGCUCUGCUCUUCCUGCCUAUGUGUUUCCUGUGUGUUUCAACUACAAGCGCUGCCAAUGGCGUCUGUAGGACGGAUGAACAGUAAACACAGUGACCAAUGCUCAGUCUCUGGUUUGGGGGAAAGUACCUGGGCUCAGACAUCACAGGGGGAGAUGAACACGAUUACAAGUUUACUCUCAGUAAGCAUGAGGUGACAGCACUUUCAAAAGCCUCAAGAACGUCUUCCACCACCCGAUUGCAGUCUCUCUGAGGUGGAAUUGGGAUCGGUGACGCCAGAGUAUCAACUGGAUCCACGUUUCAAGACAUUCUGGGCGCUGGUGCUUGAAUCUGUCUUACAUGUACCUUGUACAGUACCUUAACAUCUGAAAGUGUGCUCUCUGGUGAAGAGUAGAAUUGUUUUACAUGCACUGGUAUAAGAAGCAGUGUUUUCUGUUGCAUUUGGAGAAACCACAAAGUUCAUACAGUACACGUUGGUUUCAUUUUUACUUUGGCUGAAUAAUGAAUUUGUAAUUCAAACAAAUCAUUGUUAAUUAACAUAAAACUGUUAACAAAACCUUGUUGUGUGUAGAACUAGAAUAUGAAGAGGAACUAUUAUCCAUUACCCAUUUUCACAAUAUAUAAAAUAAACAGCAGAGUAAAAGGUUCAAACCACAUAAAUAAUACAUGUAAACCUCACAGGAUGUUAUAUUCCUAAAUACAACAGACUCACAUAUGCACAUAUUAGUGUACAGUUAGUUUAGUUACAUUUGAAUGCUCCCCAAAAACAAAAGGUUGGAUCCAAAUGCCAGUUUGUGUGUGUGUGUGUGUGUGUGUGUGUGUGUGUGUGUGUGUGUGUGUGUGUGUGUGUGUCCUCCCACCCUGUCUUCCCCCUGCGUGCCUGUUCCAGUCUCUCCAGUUCAUGUGUGUCAGCUCUUUAGUUUUUAUUAUGAAACUAGAACUAGGAAUAAUUUCCAGUCAUUCUUCCGUCUGCAAAGACUAAAUGGUAACUGGAUAAAAUGGUUUCACUAGUUCCAUUAAAUUAUUACUCCCCAAAUUUCUGUUUCACCGAAGGAAAUAGUUUUCGCUGAUGUUUGACUCCAAAGCGUCAGAUCAGACUCAUUUGUUUAUUCAUCACUUUCAACCAAUCACAUGUGGCCAUUUUCUAUGCAAAUCAUCGCCUUUGGCUUCUCGCCGUCUGGCAAAUACUCCCUUUUUUUUGCAUGCUUGAUGUGUAAGGUUCUGACUGCGAUGACAGAUGUGUGAAUAUAUGAAAAAUUGCUUGCAGGAAUUUGCAUAAAAGUACUUGAUUU